UUCAAAUCUGUUCCUAAUAAUGUGAUUAAACCAGCGCUAUAUUUUCAUUUCUUCAUUUUAUUUCUAACUAAAAAUCCAUCGUAGUGUAAGCCAAAAAAAUCUGUUUUUAAUGUUUCAAAUAACUUAAAAUGAGAUUAACUCCGCGUCUGCUGUCUUCAGCUGCUGCAGUAUUCUUAACAUGUGCUGUAUCUGCAGCUGCAUUAUAUUAUAAAAGUAGAACCACUGAAAUAAAUGAAGUGAUGGUGUUCUGUAAAUUACAAUUCAAUGCUUACAAUUACUUCGACAAGUUAGUCAGUUUUAUAGAAAGUGCGAAACACAGCGUAAAUGUUUGCAUGCCGGGCAUACACAAUCCUGCAAUACAAGCGCGUUUGGUAACUCUAAUCAAAUCGAAACAUGUCAAGGUUCGAAUUGUUAUAGAUCGAUCAGGGUACAAUGAAUCGACUGAAUUUUUCAUCAAAGAACUCAUAGAAGCUGGGGCUGAAAUCAAAUGUAAAGUAACGCAAUCUAUAUUUACGAUGCAACACAAAUUCUGCCUAGUAGAUGACAACAUUCUGAUGACGGGAACUUUGAAUUGGGGAAACGACCGGUCUUUCGAUCAUUGGAAUUAUGUAUACAUCACAAGCAAACAACAAUUAGUUGAACCUGUUAAGAAAGAAUUUUAUCAUAUGUGGAACAUCUCGAGCGAUGUGCAAACAGUAUUUGAUAUUUACUGUGACAGUGACGCGGAAACAAUCGAAAUUCGUAACCCUGAUGAAACGUCUAUGUCAGAUGACAGUGGUAAGGGUGACCAUGAUCAUGAAAUCAGUCAUGAGGUUACCGCCGUAGUCAAUCAAAUAACAACCGAAAAAUUGAAUUCUUUCCCAAUUAAUGAUCAUUGCUUAGAAGUGUAAAUGUUAAGAGAAUCGCUAAAAUUAAUAUAUAAAUAAUUCAUAAUUAAAAUAAUUACCAAGCUCAUAUUAAAUUUAUUAAGCACUUAAAAACUAAGUAAAUCAACAAAGUACUUAAUAUAAUUUUACAAUAUGUU